UAAAUACAGGUAACGCAAUUCUUUGCAUGUGCGAUUAGUUUUCUAGCGUUAUAAAAUUUUUUCUACGCACAGCAAAAUGGCUACUAAAAGAGUCCGCCCAACCGAAUCGUUUGCAAAGAUUAUAAAGUUUUUCCAUUUAAUUUCCGGUUUGGUCGGUGCUGAUGUCUCCGAUGAGAAUUAUCGAGUCAACAUUAUCACCAUUACUUUGAUAAUCUGCAUUGUGAGUUACUUUAUCUUCACCGGGACCACAGUGGCCAGUGUUUUCUCGGAAAACUGGACUUACUUGCUGGAAGCGUCGUGUAUGGUAGGCAGCGUGUUGCAGGGCAUCACUAAACUCAUUUCGGCUUUUGUUUUCGCCAAAGAAAUCUGUGACACUCGCAUAGAGUUGGAAAAUCUUUAUAGUGAAUAUGAAGUGAAGGGCGACGACUAUUCUGAUGCGCUAAAUAAAUCUUGUGAACGUGUGUGGCGAGUCAUAAAAUUGGUGGGACAAGUGUAUCUUGUCGCUGGAGGAGGAAUUAUAUUGAUUACCAUCGUUUUGAUCUUUGCAUCUACCGAAAAAGUUUUUUUAAUGCACUUCUUAAUACCUGGCAUUGAUGUAGACACACAAAUGGGCUAUCUGAUUACAUUGGCCCUGCAUACUCUGUGUUUUCUUUUUGGAGCUUUCGGUCUCUUCGCUGGCGAUCUAUUCUUCUUGCUCUUUUUAGGACAGUCGAUGUUGUUUCUUGAUCUGUUGGCGUUGAAAGUGAAGUCGCUUAAUGAGGCUGCUGCUGAAAAGUGCAGUACAGCCGACCGUCUGCUAAUCGAAAUUAUUGAGUGGCAUCAAUACUAUACGGACUACAAUCUGCGUUGUAAUCGUAUUUUUUAUUAUAUAAACAGCAUGCAAAUAGUCACUUCGGGCAUCUCAAUUAUAUGCACGCUCUACAUUAUUCUACUAGGUGACUGGCCUGGAGCAUACCUAUAUAUUCUAGUCGCCUUUAGCGGUCUCUAUCUAUAUUGCAUAAUGGGUACAAAAAUUCAAACUUGUAAUACCUCAUUUUGCCAAGAGCUUUGGAAUAUAAAUUUUUACGAUUUGGAGGUGAAAAACCAGAAGAUGAUUAUACCUAUUUUAAUGAAGGCACAAAAUCCAAGCGAGAUUAAAAUCGGUGGUUUCCUACCACUCUCCGUACAAACUGCACUUCAGAUAACCAAAACGAUUUAUGGGAUAUUUACAAUGAUGCUCGGCUUUUUGGAAGAGAAUCAGUAAAAAUAUUAGGAUAAUUUUCAUUUGCUCAGUAGCUUCGCUAAUAUUUUUGAAAUGUCGAAACGUUCUGGACUCAAAACAAUGCACUCGCUUAAUUAGUAUUGACAUAUUUAGAAAAUUGCUCUGUAACGCUUUGCAUAUAAAUAAAUAAUCUAUAUU